GCUGAGUAAACCCGGGUUGUCAUUACACCUGAGGGCACUGAGGAGUGGGCAGUCAAAGCACCAGAGCAAGAGCCCUCUGGGGCCUCAGGCAGAGGAGUGAAACUGGAACCAUCAGGGAACAUGAGUGAAUUCUGGCACAAACUAGGUUGCUGCGUGGUAGAGAAACCCCAGCCGAAGAAGAAGAGGAGACGAAUUGACCGGACCAUGAUUGGGGAACCAAUGAAUUUUGUCCACCUGACUCACAUUGGCUCUGGGGAGAUGGGGGCCGGAGAUGGACUUACCAUGACAGGUGCUGUCCAGGAGCAGAUGAGAUCCAAGGGAAACCGAGACAGGCCAUGGAGCAAUUCUAGGGGCUUGUAGCUCCGACAGGAAUGGUUCUGCUGUCGAAGCCUCCACUCCAUGUCCAGCCCAGAAGAGAUGUUGCUCCCUCCUAGAACCAGUGACCCCCGGGUCCCUCUUUUCCCUAUCUGCCUAUUAGUGCCUCAGAAGGCUUGGGGGCUGGAUUCCCUCUAUUCCCUCUGGCUAUAGCCCCUCCUGGAGAUGGGGUCAAGGCAGCAGGACUGACCAAGUGACUACUGGUUGGCCAGAGGAGCUCAGCUGAAGCCCUGGACACUCUCAGAUCUGAGAUAGGAGUUUUCUGGGAACCCAGGAUAAGUUCCCUUCUCCUGAAUGACGGUCUAGGUGCCAACUCUUAACCUGGAACUCCUUAAAUGGGGUAGGUGAGUGAGAUUCCCAAAGCUGAAGCCGGCUUUUUGCUGAGAAGCUCCUUACCUGCCCUUCUUCUUCCUCCUGGAAUGAACUGAAGCAGACGUCAAGCAGGGAGAGGAGGGGAGGGUGACCACUGCCGAGUCUACUCUUUCUCUUUAGAUCUCAGACUUUAAGCUCACAGCCCCUCAGUAUCUCUCUGCAACUACCAGGGUCUUUCUCUAAUUAGGCCUCUAACCCUGUUUCUGUAGCAUUGUGAGUCCCCCAACAUCUUUAAUUAAAAUUUUAAGAUGAGUUCUCUUAA